AUGGCCGACAACUGGGAGCAGGAGGAGGAACGCCUCGCGCAGCAGGCGCAGGGCAUGAACCUCAACAAUACGCCCACUUUCACACCAGGAGCGCAGUCCUUCACCCCGGGCGCGAGCGCUUUCGUCCCCGGCCAAGCCUAUGGGGGCUACGGUGGCUACCAACAGUACGGCCAGCAAUACGGUGGCUACAACCAGUACGGUGGUCAGCAAUAUGGUGGCUACCAGCAACAACAGGGCUACCCUCAAUAUGGGCAACAGUACGGUGGACAGCAGGGAGGAUACCCGCAAUACGGACAGCAGUACCAGCAGAACUUCCAGGCCCAGCAGCCGCAACAAGGCCAGUCUCCUGUGAGGAUAGCAAAGCGAGGCGACGACGUGGCUGCCUCAGACAGUGCUGCGCCUGCUGAGGCCAAGAAGGACGCCCCCAAGGCAAAGGUUCUCUCGAUUGGUGGCGACAGCGCACCUAAGGCAAAGGUCUUGUCCAUCGGAGGCGACACCACAGCACCGAAGGUCGAGAAGGCAGGUGGCACAAAGGUCCUCAGUCUGGGCACACCAGCUGCGCCAUCGGCCGCGAAGGAGAAGGCGGACAAGGAGAAGAGCGUUCCUGAAGCCGGUACCAAGGUCACCGCUGCGAAGGCCAUUGAGAAGACCGGCGAGGCUACCCCAGCAUCUGCAGGCUCUGGAAGGACUUCGCCAACUCCUUCUUCUGGCCGCAACAGCCCGACACCAAAGGAAAAGGCCAUUGAGAAGAAGGCAGCACAGGACAUUGAGAAGGAAAUGGAGGAAGUGGUUGACGAGGCCACUCUUGCCGAAAUCUACGGCAAGGAGCACGUCAACAUCAUUUUCUUAGGCCACGUCGAUGCAGGAAAGUCCACUCUUGGUGGCAGUAUCCUGAUCUCGACUGGCAUGGUCGACGAGCGUACCCUCGACAAGUACAAGAAGGAGGCCAAGGACGCUGGUCGUGAAACCUGGUACAUUUCGUGGGCGCUCGAUUUGAACAAGGAAGAGCGACAGCAGGGUAAGACUAUCGAAGUCGGUCGAGGUUUCUUUGAGACAGAGAAGCGACGAUACUCCAUCCUGGACGCGCCAGGCCACAAGACAUAUGUGCCCAACAUGAUCAGUGGUGCCUCACAAGCAGAUGUCGGUAUUCUCGUCAUCUCUGGCCGUAAGGGAGAGUACGAGACAGGUUUCGAGAAGGGUGGCCAAACCCGAGAGCACGCUAUGCUGGCCAAGACACAAGGUGUUAACAAGAUUCUCAUCGUUGUCAACAAGAUGGACGAUCCUACUGUUGAAUGGUCCGAGGAUCGUUUCAAGGAGUGCACUACCAAGGUAGUAGCCUUCUUGAAGGGUCUCGGAUACAACCCAAAGACUGACAUUAGCAUGAUGCCGGUCAGUGCACAAACAUUCACAGGUAUCAAGACCCGUGUACCAAAGGACCUGGCGCCAUGGUACGAUGGCCCAUCUCUACUUGAGUACCUCGACAACAUGCAAGCGCUCGAGCGUAAGCUCAAUGCGCCCUUCAUGAUGCCCAUCGCCGCCAAGUACAAGGACAUGGGUACUAUGAUUGAAGGCAAGAUCGAGUCCGGUAUCAUCAAGAAGGAGCAAAAGUACCUCAUGAUGCCCAACCGACAGACAAUCCACAUCUCGGCUUUGUACGGUGAACAAGAAGACGAGAUUCCUGGAGCGACUUGCGGUGACCAAAUUCGCGUGCGACUCCGAGGUAUUGAAGAAGAAGAUAUUCUGCCUGGUUACGUUCUUUGCUCACCUAAGCGACCUGUCCACUGUGUCUCUCAAUUCGAGGCCCAGGUCGUACUUCUUGACAUCAAGUCUAUCCUUACAGCCGGAUUCAACUGCGUGCUCCACGUCCACGCCGCACAAGAAGAGGUCACCAUUACCGCCCUGUUGCACAAGCUGGAGAAGGGCACUGGACGUAAAUCGAAGAAGGCACCAGGAUUUGCUACCAAGGGCAUGAGCAUCAUUGCACGCUUGCAAAUCACCGGUACUGCUGGAAGCAUCUGUGUAGAGCGAUUCGAGGAUUACCCGCAGCUGGGUAGAUUCACCCUCCGUGAUCAAGGUCAGACGAUUGCCAUUGGCAAGAUUACUAAGCUCAUCACGGACCCUGAGGCUUAA